AUGCAGCUUGGCAAGCCUUGGUGUAGCACCUGCUGCGUCCACUUCAAUACUUUUGAGGAGCACCGAGAGCACUCAAAGUCAGAAGGACAUGUUUUCAAGAUCCAAAUUCGAUAUAGUAGCCCAUCUAUUCCUCGUUAUGUCAUGGAGAAAGCCUUGGAAAACUGGGAUUGA